AUGACUACAACAGCAUUCAGAAACGUGAGAGCACUCAACCAGCUGUGCUCGGUGCUACUGAUAGUCAUAAACAUUCCUCUUCCGUUUCUACUGGUUCCGUACAUGUUAUAUGUAUCAGUAGAAGGACAGUGCCUCAAAACCACGCUCAGCAUACUUACCAUAUUCAAAACAACAUCAAUGGUUAACAUAACACUUGGAUUAUUUGCAAGCUGUGGGAUCAACAGUAAGGUUCGACUGUACAUGAGGCUAUAUCUUCUUGUGGGAGUUCUUCUGCUCAUUGGCAUGUCAGGCAUCAUUCUUUACGUUAAGAUUAGCUACCAGAGCGAUGUCUCAAAGGCCUUGGGCGUUGCAUAUAACAUAGCACAGGCAGAAAACAUCAUCCUCCACUACCUUGAAUGCUCAAAUCAAAAAACAUGCACUGCACAGAUCAUGAGCACUAUCAACGACAUUCGCUAUUACUACCUGAUAAUAUCUAUCCCAUCAGUACUCCUCAACCUUCUUAACAUCCUACUCGCAAGAAUCGCACUCUGCAUCAGUAUAGAGCAUGCUCUUCCAAAGCCACCAAGCUUCGUCGAGAAGAACAGAGUUGGAAUGAACACUGUAUCAUUACGAAACAGGCGUGUUCUGUCUGCAUCGGCAUCCAAUGCCCUAAACAGUUGA